UGCUUUGCACUAUUUGACAAGAUGGCGACGUACACGGUGCUCCGCGGGGCGCUGCGAGGAGCCUUGCUCCGGUCCCCGGGGCCUGGUGCCGCGGCUGUCCGGUCUGUCUGUGCCGCUGCUCCUCAGGAAACAAAGAGAGCGAUUACAGAAUCCGCGGAGGAAUACAAGUUCGUGGAGCGGCUCAUCCCGUCGUCCCGGGUCCCCGCUCCGCUUAAACACGCCGGUCCCGCCCCGUCAGGCUGGACCCCGCCGGCAGAGUCCCCGCCUGAUCUCCCCUACAUGAUCCGCCGCUCCCGGAUGCACAACAUCCCGGUGUACACCGACCUGACGCACGGCAGCCGCAAGACCACGCUGGUGCGCAAAGUGGAGGGAGAUAUCUGGGCUCUCGAAAGGGAUGUGAGACAGUACCUGAAGGAGGUGACGGGGAAGGAGCUGCCCACACAGGUCAACGAGGUCACCAUGACCCUGAAGGUCAAAGGUCACUUUGAUAAGGAGCUGAAGGAGUGGCUGAUCGGUAAAGGCUUCUGAGUGCUGCUGAGACUCCAGGACAUCAUGGUGCUCAGGGGACACGCGGCUGCACACGCGCAGCUGGACAGAAACACGUGACACUGUUUGGGAUCAACUGGCAUGGCAACACCUUCAAAUAUUGUCCUUUUAUCAGUCUAUAUGGAAGAACAGCUGUGGACUACUGCCUCUGCUGGACUCUGUUAAGACACCAGAGACAUGUUAAAGUUGCAGGAGCUUUGGGUGUUAAUGAUGUACAUAUGUGUAUGUUGUGAAUUUAACAUUAAAUAUAAAAGUGCAGCUCA